AGUCCAUAGGUUCUUCCAGCCUUAAAGAAGACCUGAGCCAUCAUAUCUGGGCAAACUGAAAUCAAACAACAUGUCUAAGAAAUCAGCAGAGAAAGCAGCAGCAGAAGAACCAAGGGCAACUCUACAGUCACCACUGACAUUAACAAUUACAAUAGUGACCGUUGUAGUAGUAGCUUAUGUAUUUAUGUCAGGAGGAGGUGAAGGCAUAGUCGGAGCAGCAGCUGGAGCAGCAGCUGGAGUGGGCAUUUUACACUCAGUAUGGGAAGAAGAAGAAAGAACAGGACUACUAGCCGUAGUAGUAACGGGAGUAACAGGAGGCAUAGCAGGAAUAGCAGCAGCAAUGUUGCGAUCAAUGGUAGGAGAACGUUCACUAACAGGAGCAGCAAUAGUUGGAGCGAUAGCAGGAGCUGCAAUAGUUGCAAUAGCGAAAAAACAAUUACAACAGGUUAUAAAAGAAGCAAAGUAUUUUAUAGUUGCAUUGACACUGUUUGUAGGAGUAGCUCUAGUAGAACUAGUAGGAACUCUAUUAAAAUGGGUAGGAAAUACAAUAAAAUGGGUAAAAGAUCUAAUAAAGUUUGCAGUAUCCCAAUUAAAAGCAGCAGCACAAUGGAUUACAGAAGCAGCAAAAAAAGCAUUCGACACAUUAGCAUCAUUUGGAACAUCGGGAUCAGCAGCAGCAGGAGUAAUAGCAUCAAUAGCAUUAGCAUCAGGAUUAGCAGCAAUAGGACUAGCACCUGGAUUAUUUGGAGGAUUAUUGGGACUUGUGUUAUUACUUGCGGCAGGAGCAGCAAUUUUUGGAUCAGAUGGGAGAAGACAAUCAAACCAGCAGCAGAUUCAAGGAGCAGAUGUGAUGUUACCGACUGCUGUUUUUUUACUUUUGGUUUUAUUUUGUUUUCUUGUUGCAUCUUUGGGUGUGUUUCGAUGUUGCUGCUUGCUGUUUCUCUUCCUGUUCCUGUGGUUUCUGCUGUGCUACCGCUCUGAAAGGCACUGAUCUUUGAUCAUUAAGAAGGCGAACCAGUAUAAAAGCCUCAAAAAGAGAAACUAAGGACUUUUGUUCACCUGCAUCAGUCAUCCUUUCGGCCUAGCUUAUUUCUUUUAGCCUUUAUUGUUGUGAAUUCAGUGUAGGCUACUCCUAUUAUUGUAAAGUCAUUGUUUUGCUACUAAUGUCACUUCUGUGUACUAAUG